AUGCUGGCCGGGCAUUGCGAAUUUCCCCACAUUUCAGUCUUCGUUUGCCGAGCGUCGUGCGCGCAAGUAUCCCACAGAUACGCGGAUAGACGGCCUCCAAUCCAAUCCAAACCAAGAAAAAAAAUAGCAAAGCAAAAAAAACAACAAAAAAGAGACAGUAGAGUACAAUAACAACUGUGUUAGAGAAAAAUGUUACAGCGGGCAGGAGCCAUUACUGAAUAUUAGUAACAGCAAAUGAAAAAGAAGAAAAAACGUGAAAUGUUCUUUGCGAAAAUUGGCCAAAAAGUUGCAAGCAAUUACAGCUUUCGUUGAAGGAGAAAAAAAAGAGGAAGAUAUAUAGAUAUCGGCCGAGUACUAUACAUAAUUUUUGGGGCAGCAGAGGCACCAGCUUUGAAAAUUUUCGGGCCACGAAAAUGUGUGCGUUUUGAAUACUGAAAAGCCCGGAAACAGGAAGCUGCAAUUAAUUAGGGCCCACACAAGGACUCACCUCUGGGUGAAAAGUUUAGCGAUGAGCUGUCUCCACUUGAAGAACUUUAAACGCGCCAAGUGGUCGCACAUUUUACCAAGGAGCUAAGGAUAUUUCCACCAGAGGAAUAUUAUUUAAAAAUUGCAUUUGAAGAACUAUAAUUUGGUCAGAGACUAACUGCAUUGGUCAAGAAUACUUCUUGGUCUGUAACAAAAAAAAGAUUUUAGAAUGCCACCGCUCAGGCAUCUGGCAGUUCAGCUGCUGGUGGUGCUACUGCUGGUGGCUGUGGAUCCCUCGAUGGCCCAGCGGCCGUUCAUCCUGAACCACACCUUCAGUUCGCUGCCAAUGUCCCAGCAUCCGAGCUUCAAUACCUGGCCGGGAUCCUCCGGAAAGCAGCUGCGAAACGGCCGGCUCCAUGAGCAGCCCUUGCCCCUUCCUCAGCCCACAUUACAGGUGGCUACGCAGUACGUGGAUUAUGAAACAGCCCCGCCAGGAUCUCGACGCCAGGACUCCAAGCGCCGCCAGAGUCUGGCCCAACUAGCCUCUCGUCCCGGAAGCAUCGGACGAGGCGGCAUCGAUUCGCUGCGCAAGGAGCUGAUGAAUCCUUCCGUGGGCGGACCAGGUGGCGGCAUCUCCGGCCACGGUGCCGGCUAUUCCUCCUACCCAGCUUCCUCGACUAUCGGACGUAUCGACGGCCUGGGGCAUGUCGGAACAUUCAACCACUUCGGCGAACCGAUGAGACAGCCCACCGGAAUGGCCGCCAUGACCGCCGGACCCUACUCUACUCGUUUUCCUCCAUCCUAUGGAGGAGCUGAUGACCUGCCGAAGCGAAUGCCGCCGCGGAAGAACUCCAUCAACGAGCUGUACAAGCUGAAGAAGAGCCUGAACCAGGCGGACGAGCCCGCUGGCGGAGUCACCCACGGAAAUUUGGAUGGCGACCCGCAGGCUGCCUCCGUGGAUCCCUUGCAAGACAUCAAGGACCGCAUCCGCGAUACAGCUCCCAUUGCGAACACCUAUGCCCCCCAUACGGACGCCACGCCCUCAACGGAGUACGAAUACGAACUGGGCGUCAAGUGCAACUUCGAGUCACGUUGCAGCUGGUCUUGGGUGGAAUAUCCAGAUGGAUUCCAAGUGAUCAGCGGUGCUGAGCUGGCUAAAAAGAAUCUAACGGGCAUGCAUCCAGGACCUGCCGCUGAUAGCAUAGACGAUGCCACCGGCCAUUUCCUGUACGCCCGUGUCCAGCCCAACUCCAGGCCACUGAAUCUCACCUCCCCAGAGUUUAGCACCACCAUGGAGAAGUGCUACCUGGAGGUCUACAUGCACCAGAGCGACAUGAGUCACGGACUGUCCCGUGUCGUAGUGGAGCCCUUGCACACGCAAGAGAGUAGCUGGGUUCCAGCGGAGAUCCAGGGCGACAAUGUGCGCCAGUGGACCCGGAAGGUGUAUCGCCUGGGUCGGGUUUCCCGCGACUUUCGCAUCGUUUUCGAAAUCGUUCCCGAUCUGCGAGUAGGCCAGAAGGGCCACGUGGCCCUGGACAACCUGCGGAUGGUGAACUGCUUCCCGGAGGGCACCAAGUCGGAAAAGUGCAGCACCUCCCAGGUGCGAUGCACUUCCAACAAGGUUCCCGUUUGCAUUCAUCUGCCAAGGAUUUGCGAUAUUACCCGGGACUGUGACGAGGCGGAGGAUGAACAACAAUCUUGUGACAAAAUACCCUACGGUGGACGCUGUGACUUCGAGGAGGACUGGUGCGGAUGGCGAGACUCUGGAAAGACCACUCUGACUUGGUCUCGCCACACGGGAUCCUCGCCCACCCACGACACUGGCCCGGAUGGGGAUCACACCAUGCAGCACCUGCUGAAUAACACCAGUGGCUACUACAUGCUCGUCAAUAUGAACCAGCACAUGAACAACACCGAGAAGAACUCCAUCAUUGGCUUUGCCAGCAAUGCCAUUAUGCUCAGCAAGACCUUCAAUCCGCCACCUUCGGUGCAUGGGAAUCCAGACUCCCCUUACCGGAACUCCUGCGUGGUCAGGUUCUUUAUCCAUCAAUUUGGCAAGAAUCCUGGCAGCAUUAACCUUUCCGUGGUGGAGAUGAAGGAGAAGGAGAACAUAACCACCACAUUGUGGUGGAGCACCAAGAACCAGGGAAGCGAUUGGCUACGAGCGGAAUAUGUCCUGCCCAACAUUACGUCCAAAUACUAUCUUCAAUUUGAAGCCCGCAUGGGCAUGAGAAUCUACUCAGAUGUGGCUGUGGACGAUUUCUCACUAAGUCCGGAAUGUUUUGGCCUCAAUAUUCCGGAGGAUCACUUGAAUGGCUACAAUUACUGGGAUGUGCGGCAGAAUCUGAAGAGUCCAACCUACAAGGACUUUGAGCACACCAAUUAUCUGGAGCUAACCAGUUGCGACACCAGGGGCAUGAUAGGACCUACGCAGGCACAGUGUGAGUCAUCCUACAGGGAACAGAACAAGACGCAUAUCCUGCGGGAGGUCCAUGUAGUUGAGGACCAAAGUACCUACAAGGGCAUGCAAAAGUGGAAGGUGCCCCACGAGGGUCAUUACACGAUCAUUGCCAAAGGUGCCAGUGGUGGUCUGGGCUCCGGAGGAGUUGGCAGCUCCCGAGGAUCGGUGGCUGUAGCAAUUCUAGAACUCCACAAGCACGAGGAGCUGUACUUCCUGGUGGGACAGCAAGGCGAGAACGCCUGCAUUAAGUCCAUGGGUCUGCACAAGGAGCCAGGAUGUGGCACGGACCACGAUCUUGACCUGGCCCAGUACAGCUUCCGUUCCAAGCAGGACAUGGUGAAGAAAAUCUACAUCGAGAAUGGAGCUGGAGGGGGAGGCGGUGGCUCUUAUGUCUUCCUCCUGAAUCAGGCUAAAAACGAAGCAGUUCCCCUAUUAGUAGCCGGCGGAGGAGGCGGCCUGGGCAUUGGCCAGUACAUCGACGAGGACUUCCAGCACGGCCAAAAGGCCAAGCCGAACCAGCCCCCGGAAAGUGGACAGAUCAAUGGUGAACCUCUGAACAAAAAGACCGCAGGCCCCGGAGGUGGAUGGCGUGCCAAGGAGGAUCAGGCCUUGAGUCCAACGUAUGGAGCUGCUUUGUUGCAGGGUGGACGUGGUGGUCACUCCUGCUAUGUCGAACUGGCAGACAACGGCACCUCCGUCCACCGACAUGGCCAGGGAGGAUUCGGUGGCGGCGGUGGAGGCUGCAACACAGGAGGCGGCGGAGGUGGUUAUGCCGGCGGAGAUGUUUACCUCACAGAAUCCAACGGCGAAGGUGGCAGCUCCUACAUCAGUCCCACUCGCAGUCUCCGGGAGAUCAGUGGCAUCCAGGCGGGAGCCAGUAGUGGAGCAGGGGCUAUCAUUAUUAUCCCAGCCAUCGAGGGCUGUGGCUGUGACUACAGGUGCGUGGCCCUGGAUGAGUUCCGGUCGACGGUGCGCUGCAUCUGUCCGGAUGGCUGGAGCCUCAAGAGGGACAACAACACGGCUUGCGAGAUCCGCGAGGAAGCGGGCAAGUCAUCCUUCCAGUACCUCGUCUCCUUCCUGAUGGUGUCGCUGGCCGUGCUCUUUAUCUGCAUAGCUUUGCUCAUCUUUAUGUUGUACAACCGCUACCAACGCAAGAAGCAGUCCAAGAAGCGCCACAAGAUGCUGGUCGAGCAGGAUCUGCAGUUGACUCGCCUGCGAAACAAUAUUGACGACUCCAAUCUGAACAACUUUAAUCCCAACUAUGGAUGUGAUGGCAUUCUCAACGGGCACAUCGAUGUCAACAGCUUGCCCCAAGUGGCACGUGAUAGCUUGCAGCUAGUAAAUGCCCUGGGCAAAGGAGCCUUUGGCGAGGUGUACAUGGCUCUCUAUCGCCACCGAGACGGCGAUGCUGUUGAAAUGGGAGUAGCUGUGAAGACAUUGAGGGAGGAUCCCAAGCGGGAAAAGGAAGAGGACUUCCUCAAGGAGGCUGCCAUAAUGGCCAAGUUCAACCACCCGAACAUGGUGCACCUGAUCGGUGUCUGUUUCGAUCGCCAGCCGUACUACAUAGUCCUGGAACUGUUGGCCGGCGGGGAUCUGCAAAAGUUCCUGCGGGAGAACAGGAACACACCCGAAAGACCCUCCCUGCUGACCAUGAAGGACCUGCUCUUCUGCGCCCUGGACGUGGCCAAGGGAUGCCGCUACAUGGAGAGCAAGAGAUUCAUCCACCGCGACAUCGCUGCCAGGAACUGUUUGUUGAGCAGCAAAGGACCCGGUCGGGUGGUGAAGAUCGCCGACUUCGGCAUGUCCCGGGAUAUAUACCGAUCGGACUACUACCGGAAAGGCGGCAAGGCCAUGCUGCCCAUCAAGUGGAUGCCGCCAGAGGCAUUCCUCGACGGUAUAUUCACCUCCAAGACGGAUGUCUGGUCCUUCGGCAUUCUGCUGUGGGAAGUGUUUAGCUUGGGUCGCUCUCCAUAUCCCGGCCAGCACAAUACCCAGGUGAUGGAGCUUGUGGUGCGCGGCGGCAGGCUGGGAUCACCCACCGAGUGUCCCGUUUCCAUCUACAAGGUCAUGGCCGACUGCUGGAAUCCUACGCCCGAGGACAGGCCAACGUUUAUCAGUCUGCUGGAGCACCUGACCGCCUGCACCCAGGAUCCGAGCAUUAUGAAUGCGCCACUUCCGAACAUCCUGGGACCGACGGCCUCCGAGAGGGAUGACACCGUCAUCCGGCCGCCCAACGGCGAGGAGUUCUGUCUGGCGGUGCCGGACUACUUGGUGCCCCUGCCCCCGGGUGGCAGCAGUGGCCUCGGCACCCCACAAAUGGCCAGUGGCUCCGGUGGCUACGGUGCGGAAUCGCAGCGUCAGCAAAUGAGCUCCUGUACCCCGCCGGCGAUCACUUCUCCAGCGGCACCCCAUCCGCCACGAAGUGGGGAGAGUGCCAAUCCCGGCAGCGGCGACUGCUGGGAGACGUCCUUCAUUUUGCCAAACUCGAAGAGCGAACAGCCGAAUGGAGCUGCCGGAGGCAGUAGCUGUAGCAAGGACCUGCCACUGGCCUCCAACGAGGAGGCCAAGCUGAUCAGCCUAGACACACCCCAGGCCACGCCGACCACCAUCCAGCCACCGUUAUCCUUUGCCUCGCAGCUGGACGGUAUCACGCUGGAUCCAUCCACCUUGUCGAAGAGUUUGCCCAACGGAAGUGCCAAGCAGUCCUACGCAAAUGUCCAGGUGAAAGGCGAGGCGGACGCCAAGGUGCCCAACGGAAGUGCCCUGGUGGCCAACGGAUCCGUGAUGAACGGCGACCUGGCGACCGGAGCGAGCGGAGCGGAUUCGCCCUUCACCAUUCAAGGAUAUGCGGACCGAUACAAGGACAACAACAAUCAUUCCGAAAUCAGUUGUUAAGAGGACGGGGCAUCGAAAAUGGUUUUGAUUAAGGGAUUUAAAAAAUCUUAUAUUCAGGAUUGUGUUGAUAUUCCUGUUCGGGAAGGCCCUGUUGCGAACUCUGCAACGCCCAGGAGAGCUUGUCUAGUUUUUUGGGCCAAUCACCAUUUGUUUGCGCCCCAAAGCGCAUUAAAAUAUUAAUUCUUGAUUAAAGAGUCUAAAAGAGAUAUAACCAAGAACAUGGUAUAACAAAACCGAGUGAGAACUUCACCAAAAAAAUUGUAUUGUAAUUUAAACAUACAUUUGUAUUGCGCGAUUUAUGUAGUAAUCGAACUUGAACUCGAAAACCAAAUGAGGAUUAACAUUAGUUGGAAUUUAUAGUUUAGUUUUUUACGAAAAUGGAUAGUUUCGACUCGGAAAUGAAAACAGAUUUUUGCAAGAGGUUGUAUAUAUAAAUUGAUCUAAGUUUUAAAUUUACUUUUUGGUCAACUAAGUUAUUGUUUUUACAUUUUUCGUUUGAUUUAUUUAAGGUUUUAAGCUGAUGACUGAAAUGCCAAACAAUAUUCCUAAAGAAAAGAAAAUAAAUUAAAGAGAAAUUUAAAGCGAAGAGAAUAAAAGGUUAGCUUAUUUUUAAUACACAGUCCAGAACCGGGAACCAAGAUUCAAACUUAAAGUAGUCUAAAGCGUCGCAACAACUGCUCCUUUGAAUUUCGCAAUAAACCACAGAUGUAGUCAGUGAGAUAUGCCAACCACACACGUAUGUUUUUAAAAUAGGAUAUUUUAAGUUAGGGUUCUCAGUUGGUUUAUGAUUUAAUCCGAAUUGAAAUGAAACAUAGUGUAAAUACCAAGCUUCCGUCGUAGCGAAUUACGUAUAUUGUAUGUAUUUAAAUAAUAUUAAGAGGAAUAAAAACCAGUAGCACUUAAAGCUAUAGAAGAAAACUACAAUUUACAGGGUGAUUUUUAUGAAAAUUCAGUUGUAUGUUUAAAAAACAGAAAUUAGAAUUAGUAGAAAACGAACGAUAAAAAUUGAAUACGGUUGAAAAUAACAACAUUCAGCUCAGCUAUGAGUUGGUUGUAAAAUAUUCUUUCAGCAAAGCCCUGUAUUUGUUCAUCAUCAUUAGCGAUCUUUUUUCCAGGUGUUGAUCGGGAAUUCGAAAUUUUGUACAUUUAGUUGGAACGUAACAAACAAGCUUUAAAUUAUAUAAUUUUUAUAGAGAUAUAUUAUCGAUAUACAAGUGAGGCGACAACAUUAUAUAUUAACCAAGGCAGAAAAUAAAUAAAAUAUACAAGCGAUGGGUGGGAGAAAGUGAAACAUUUGAUUUUGUCACAACAUAUGUGGGUAUAACUAGGCCUAAGAAAAUUGAGUGUGUGUUUAAAACAACAAAAAAAAAACGAAAAUAAGAAUUAUAUACAUAUACUAGAUAAUGAUACCGAACAUACAAAUAUAUAUAUUAUAUACCUAGGAGGGAUACAGUUAUGUCUAUGUUUUGCUUUAUGUAAAAGUCUACUCAUAUUUAUAAUCAGCUAAUAUAUCCAAUAUGUAUGUACGACUAAAGUGAACCGUAAAUUAAAAUGCUGAACACGCGGAAACCAAAAACCAUGUAAAUUAAAUCUAAAAUUACAUACAUAGGCCUAAACAGACGUACUUCCGACACUGAUAUCACUUCAGUUUCAUAUUUGAGAACUGGAUGUGAAAACUCUCUCUAAGAAAACCCGGAAAACGAAUCCCAAAACCUGUACAAAACAAAUAAAUUAAAUUUAUUGCGAAUAAAUUGAAUAAAAAUAGAAAUAAAGCCCUACCAAGUGUACGCUCACAAUCGAAUGCUCAAUUUAAGUAUGAAAAUAUUCGAAUAUAUCUCUGCAUCCACAGCUAAUACUUAGUACUUAAUCGAAUCGAUAACUAAUAUUAUUUUUUUUGUUGAAUGUGUAUCUAUUAUGGUUGUACCGAGGCAUCUCAAGUAAGGGAAAUAAACUUACUCAAAUGCAUUACACACAGAAGACUCUAAGAACAUCUACCGGAAAUCGGAAAGCGGAAGCCGGAGAUCGGAUAUCUCCUUUUCAACAAAAUGGAGGACUUGUCCGUAUACAUGCAUAUGUAUAAAACACACACACAUAUACACCGACUCUCUCACACACAGACACACCUCUAUAAACAUUAAGGGAUUAGAAGACAUUUUUGUACCCUGAAAAUAAAGAAAUAAAUACCUUGUGUACCUAAAGCCCAGAACCUGAAAAAGAAGAGUUACAUAUGCAUAUAUAUUCACAGAUCGUUGUCGGUUGAUUGUUGAUCCUGGUUCAGUUUGGAGAUUGGAUUUUAAAAACAAAUUUCAAAAGUUAGGGUUAUGUUGAGGUCUUCAGAUCAGUUCCCUUGCAAUAUCGUUUGCAGAACCAGGUCAAGGCAUUUACUCCAGGAAGGAUAAACGAUUUUUGGUUGAAACAUUCUUCAGGCCGAUAUCAGUAGUUUGGCACUUCAUUUCUCAACAAUAAAAAUUCGCAACGAAGUUUAGAAAAGAUAUAAAGAUAAAAUUAUAUAUACAAAUAUUUAAAAACCAAUUUAAGACAUUAAAUAAGUAUGACAAAAAAAAUCACACAAUAAAUAAAUAGUAUUUUUAUAUACUAGAAGAAAAAAUGCCCAAAAAAAGACAAAAAAAAAACAAAAACGAGGUAACUUUGAAUGCAAGUUUAGUGCAUGCGAAACAGGCUUAAACUUAGUUAUAGAUAUAAAAAUAUUAAUUAAAACAAUUAAUGGUUUUCAUUUAAAAUCGUAAAUUAUUUUGUUACAUUUAAAAGGUAAAGACGGUAAAUGAAAAACAAAAGUGAAAAUAAUAAACAAGUAACAGAAACGCAAAGACUAGAACAACAUUUUGUAAGCUGGAUUGAUAGAGUGAUGGAUGAUGGUUGAUGAUUGAUGGAUUGAUGGAUUGGUGGCAAGUUAUAUAUAAUACGACAUAAGCAACUAAGCAAAUCAGUUAAGAACAGCAACAAAAGUCCAUUUAGAGAUGAUACCACACUUCCAAAAGAUAAGAUCGAUAUAUCUUCGUCAUAACUUGCUGAAAAACCAAAAACAAAGAAUAAAACUAAUGGAAGAAAACGAACCAGAUAACUUGAAAAUGGAGCUCACAUUGUAUAAUUUUCAAUUCGAUCGAUCUAAGCUAUAGAAAAUACCAGCUAAGAAAUGUAUUACUGACACUUACCCAUGCUCGUACUUCCUUCACAGUCCUACCACCUACCACCUACCACCUAGAACUUUCCCCGCGUAAAUUCCGACUUUCACCUUUUUCUAUGCUUUUCCUCUCCCCGUGGGUCGAGAGGACGAGUUUUAAAUUAUCUUUGAACAUAAGCACAUCUUAAGAAGCAAAAUCGAAAAAGUAUAAAAUAUAUCUUAACAACAUAUAUAUUUGGGGCAUGUGGAGUGGAGAACAAUUUUAAAGUCGGUGGCGUGCAACCACGCCGGAAAUGCGAAAUGACAAAGAAACACAACCGAGAAACUGAGAAAAAUAAUAAAAAUGAAAUUCAUGUGUACAAAAACAAUA